AUGGGUGUAGACCCAAAAACCGGCGUUGUCGUCGACGCUCAUCAUCGACUGCUUGGCACGUCAGUGAAGGGCAAGGCCCUGGCCAUCCCCUGCGGUCGGGGCUCCUGUUCCGGCAGUGGGGCACUCCUUGAGCUCAUUCUCACCGGCAAUGCACCAUCAGCUUUGAUAUUUCAGGAGCCUGAGAUGAUUCUGACUUUAGGUGUCAUGGUCGCUGAGGCCAUGUUCGACCGCCGCAUACCCGUUAUCUUCUUACAAGGUAACGAGGACUUUGAGAAGUUGCGUGGGGCGUCAGAGGUAGAGAUCAGCGACAAGCAGUUGUUAAUCAUGCCCAACCAAGUGUCUUUUUCCCUUGAGCCCGGGAGCACUAGAGGAAUCAACCUAAGCACAUCCGAUGAGAAUAUUCUUUCCGGUCAGCAUGGAGAGGCAAGCCGCAUUGCGAUGGAAAUUAUCGUUGCCUUUGCCGCUCUCCAAGGAGCGAAAUGCCUUGUUGACGUAUCACAAGUUCACAUUGAUGCGUGUGCCUACAACGGAAAGAGCAGUCUUCAUGUACCGGAGCACCUUUUAUCACUCGGUGGACAGUUUGUGGUGCCUUCAACCUGCAACUCACUCAACGUCGACCGGCUUCGAUGGAAGGAGCUUGGCACCGAUUCAGAAGCAGUCAUCAUAGGAGAUAAGAUCGGCGAGGCUUAUCUCAAGCUCGGUGCCAAGCUCAGCUUCACCUGUGCCCCCUACCUCCUCGAUAGCAAGCCCAAGGCCGGAGAGCAAGUCGGCUGGUCCGAGUCAAAUGCUGUCGUCUUUGUGAACAGCGUCCUCGGAGCACACACGCAGAAAUACCCGGAUUACCUCGACGUCUUCAUCGCCUUGACCGGCAGGGCACCGUAUGCAGGCUGCCAUACUCCGGAGGGAAGGAAGCCAAAGAUCAUCAUCGAAGUGGCUCAACUUCCCGGGCAUGACCAGUCACUGUUCCCUCUUCUUGGCUACCACAUCGGCGACAUCGUUGGCGGAAAGAUACCAUUCAUCGUCGGCAUGGAGAUGACGAACCCCACUAUGUCCGACCUGAAAGCCUUUGGCGCCGGUUUUGCAACGACUUCCUCAGCGCCGAUGUUCCACAUGAGGGCUAUUACGCCAGAAGCAGCUUCCUUUGACGGACAAACUGAGUCCCUGGAUCGGGUAGUCGUUGACGUCAACGGCCUCCGAAGGGCCUGGAAGCAGCUCAACACCGCUUCCGAUCCUUCUUUGGACAUGGUAUCUCUGGGAAACCCCCAUUUCUCCGUAGAGGAGUUUGCACAGCUCGCCGAUCUUUGCAGGAACAAGACGAAGUCGCCUAGCGUUGCUGUCAUCAUCACAACGAGUCGCGACAUCUAUCAAAAGGCACUGAAGCUAGGCCACCUCGAUGUGCUGGAAGCGUUUGGCGCCCAGUUCAUCACGGAUACAUGUUGGUGCAUGAUAGAAGAACCCAUCGUGCCAGCGGCAUCCAAGCAGAUCAUGACCAACUCUGCCAAGUACGCACACUAUGGGCCUGGGAUAGUCGGGAAGAAAUUUCAUUUCGGAGACGUCCUUGCUUGCGUCAGCGCGGCUUGCACAGGGUUCCGAACCGACAGAGAGAUGGCGCCUAGCUGGCUGUUUGGGUCUGGAUGGGAGACUUAG